CCUACAUCGCGCCGAAAUAAUGCUUGAGAUCGCGAAAUCAAAAAAUGAUUUGACCAAACUCCAAAGUAAGGCAGAUUGUUUUCAAUUAUCUACGAUGUUCCUCUCUUUAUAUUAGGUAAUUUUAGCUCCUAACAUUUUCAAAGUAUCAUCUUAACUGCAAAGACCUGGACAGAAAUUUGAAGGGAAGCACCUUUCUUUCUGACGAGUCACUGAUUUGCUCCUAGCCUCAAGAACAUGGCAAGCAAGAAUAAGAAACGGAAGCGGUCAUUUUCCCCUGAACCUGCAAUGCCAGAUCAUCCUCCCAUUCAAAAAUUUAAGUUUAAAACAAUGCCACAACUUCCCCCAGAUUCCAAUUCAUCGAGCAAAAAGAAAUCUUCCAAGAAGCGCAAGCAAGAGUUCUCACCUUUACCUACCACAAGUGUGUCUCCUACUGGUGAUUGGGGCGAAGAUGAUGGGGGACUGAAGAUGAAAUUUAUUCUGUCACCUAAAAAGACGAAGGUUGAUACAUCCCCAGAGAGUGAUGCGACAGAAGAGAGGUCUCCUCCUCCCAAGGGGACCGGUAAAGGGAAGAAGAAAGGCAAGCAAAUCAAAGCAAAGUUGUUCUUUGAGGAUCAAGUGCUUACUCUUGAUGGUGAGGAGGUGACUCACCAAGACGUGAUAAAGCCUGGCAAAAAACGAAAGGCAGGCAUCAAACAUAGUCCAGAAGACACAAAGUCGACUAAAAAGAAGAAGGAUGCAGAUAAAGCUAAAGUCAAAGAGGAACCAACGAUACCCCCUUUUACAAAAGUUCCCAAAAGUGCAGACAAGUCCAAGAUAAAAUCCAUCAAAGCAGAAUCCGAUAGUGGAUACAGUGAUACUCCAACAACCUCAGCAAAGUCAAAGAAGCUAAAAACAAAGCUGCAGACGUUGGAGGAACAGCCGGUUCCCAGUCCACAAGCCUCGGACGUGUCUAGGGAUUCCCUUCCUAAGAAGAAGAAAAAAGAAAAGGACAAAAAGAAGAAGAAGAUGUUUAAGUUCAAAGGAGAUCGCAAUAGGUUUCUGAAUGUUAGGGGGUCUUCUGAUGAGGAGGGGGGAGAUGACAGCUUCUCGAGAUCGAUUCAGGAUGAAGACAGCUUGGGAGGGGGCUAUGACCUGGAGGAUGAAUAUGAUAGCAACAUCCAGAAGGUGAAGUCCAAAGAAAUGGACAGGUUCAUGAUGCCUCAAAUGCCCGUGCCAGAUUACAACUUGGAGAAGCAAGCUGCAGAGAGCUACUCGGCCAGCACGAAAGCCAAAUCUAAGAAGGACGAUAGGAAUGAGGGCGAGAUUCAAUCGUCUCGCGCUGAAGAUCUCAUCUCGCAACUUACGGCUUUCGGUUCUGAUAUGGAGACUAUCUAUCCCAGCUACAUGAUGGCUCCAGACGAGAAUAAGGAAUUAGAUGAUGGAGGGUGGAUCAAAAAGAAGAAAAAGAAGAAGAAACUGGCCAAGGAGAAGAAGAAAAAGAAGAAGAAACCAAAUCUUUUGGAGAGGGAUGAACAUGGGAAUGUCAAGUAUGUUAUGCGGAAGACCAAGCUAUCUGGAUACAUGUUAUGGUGUAGAAGUUACAGAUCAACUUUUGUCUCACAAAACCCUGGACUUGAUUUCUCCACGAUCAGUCGUCGAAUGGGCGCCCUGUGGCAGACGCUGGACGAGGAGGAGAAGAAGCUCUGGCGCAAGAGAGAGAUCACCGUCAACACGAAGGUGCCCCUGAAGCGACUCAACAAGGGCAAGGACGGGGCGUCGUCAUCGGCUCCGGACGCCCCGCCCUUCCGCCUCAAGACACCGGACAAGCCCAAGCCCAAGGUGAAGAAGCUUGUUCACCCUGUCAAGAGGAAAAUUCACACUGCCGCCAAGAAGAAGAUUAACGCUGCUCCGGUGAAGAUCACCCCGCCCAAGUGGAACCCCAUCGACUGCGCCGCGUACCUGAGACUGCUGGGGGAGUCACUGAGUGACGUCGGGGGCAAGCUGCAAACACACAGGGUGAGUAGCUUCUCACAGCUACAUCCUGGUGUGAUGAAGGAUAAUAUUGAGGUCCAUGGCAGUGUGUCUGUCCUGUUAGACUCCAUGCUGUGUGCUCUGGGCCCUCUACUGUGCCUUACAGAACAGGUUCCUGAGCUCAAUGCAAUCAAUAAGAAAACCAAGACUGGUGUACUCGACAACAUAGCAUACAUCAUGCCCGGACUAUGAACCCACCCCAGUGUGUAAGGUCGUAUAUGGACUGGAGUCAAUGGAAGCAUCGU